CGUUCGCAUCCGGCAGGCCCUGCGCGCGCUUAGACUCCUGGGAGUUGUAGUACGAGUCAAGUCAGGGCUGGAACGAUGGCGGUCACCAAGGAGCUCUUACAGAUGGACCUGUACGCGCUACUAGGUAUUGAAGAGAAGGCGGCGGACAAAGAGGUGAAGAAGGCGUACAGGCAGAAGGCCCUCUCCUGCCACCCGGACAAAAAUCCCGAUAAUCCCAAAGCAGCUGAGCUCUUCCACCAGCUUUCUCAGGCCUUGGAAGUGCUGACCGAUGCUGCGGCCAGGGCUGCCUAUGACAAGAUCAGGAGAGCCAAGAAGCAGGCAGCAGAGAGGACCCAGAAACUUGAUGAGAAGAGGAAGAAGGUGAAGCUUGACCUGGAGGCCCGGGAGCGGCAGGCCCAGGCCCAGGGCAGUGAGGAGGAGGACGAGAGCCAGAGCACCAGGACGCUCGAGCAAGAGAUUGAACGCCUCCGAGAAGAAGGUUCGCGGCAGUUAGAAGAACAGCAGAGGCUGGUGCAGGAGCAGAUGCGCCAGGAACGGGAGCAGAGGCUGAGAGGAAAGGCAGAACAUUGUGAAGCCAAAGGAACCCCUAAACUAAAGCUAAAGUGGAAGUGCAAGGAGGACGGGUCCCAAGAUGGCUACUCUGAAGAUGUCCUCUUGCGGCUUUUGCAAAAGUAUGGUGAGGUCCUCAACCUGGUGCUUUCCAGUAAGAGGGCAGGCACUGCUGUGGUGGAGUUUGCGACUGUCAAGGCUGCGGAGCUGGCUGUGCAGAAUGAAGUGGGCCUGAUUGAUAACCCUCUGAAGAUUUCCUGGCUGGAGGGACAGCCCCAGGGCGUGGCGGGCCCUGGCCGCCCAGGACUGUCAAAGGGCUCAGUGCGGUCGGAGAGGGACUACGAGAGCCUCGUCAUGAUGCGCAUGCGCCAGGCCGCUGAGCGGCAGCAGCUGAUCGCCCAGAUGCAGCAGGAGGACAAGGAGGGGCCGCCCACGUAACCAGAGCACCAGCCCCCAACCCGCAGCCCCUUUAAGACUCUAUAAUAAACUUUUGUUUUUUAAAG